GGCUUCCAUCCAGGAAACAGCGGGGCUUCUGGUGUCGGGACCGGCCUGUUGGUUCUGGGGCGCCGCCGGUUGUCUUCCUUCCCAGCCCGGCCAGCAGUCCUGAAAGCUGGUCGGGGCAGGGCGCAGCCCCCCCACUCGUGAGGUGCACCUCCUCCCGCCCGCCCCUCUCCCUGGGGCUGAGCGUGUCACACUCUGCCUGCCGUCACAAACCAGCUCUGGUUCUCGUGGUGAUGUCGGAACUCGCCCCGAAGGGCCCGGGUCCGCACGCUGUGCAGGGCUUCGCGAACGCUCUGCCUGGCUGGCUUAGCUCUGUGGGGUCGAUGCCGGAGCGCUCUCUACGUGUGAAUCAUUCCCCCAAAAUUGCCACGAUCAAGAACAGUCCGAGUCCGCCCCCAGCCGGCAGGCCGUUGGUGGGCAGGGAGCCAGGAGAGGCCACAUCCCGGGCACCGCCUCCCACUGCUGGCUGUGUGCCUGGACCGCCACCUUCCCGCCCUUGCGUUGUCCCCCCACUGCCCAGGCAGCCCGUGUCCACAUCACGUCUCUGCCCCGGCCUGAGAGCAGUGACUGGACUGUGGGUCUGUGACAGGUGCUGCCCGCUCGGGCCCAGAAAUGGGAUGUCAGGCCUCCAAAAGGAGCACAGUGGAAGCCAGGGCCUCCCCGAGCCGCUGCUGUGACGGCCAGUGAGCGCGCCGCGGAGGAUG